AUGCUGCGCAUUGUGGGUUUACGGAUGGUGCCGGGCGUGCGCGGGGGACUGCUCGUUUCGCGCAUGCUUCCGAGGAUGUGCAGUGCACAAAAUUAUACGACCAAUGCGAGCGAGGAGCCGCCGCUGCCGUGGGAUACUUACUUGCGUUUGCGCAAGCAGCGCCGUAUGGUCGGCAUUGUUGCGACUAUUCCCACCAUGCUGUUAACAGCCGUAUUUUCAGGCUCUUACUUCCUUACACAGGAAGUAGAGCCGGGUCAAAUGCUGUUUGGUAUCGACCCCCUGUUUGUGAAUAUCGGCGCGACACUGGCAUGUGUCGGCGCGGGAUGGCUUAUUGGUCCAUCUAUUGGGAAUGUGGCAUGGUCGCUUUUUCAUCGGCACAAAGCGGCGCAAAUAGCACAGCGCGAUCGCCAGUUUUACCAACAUAUUCGCAAGAUGCGCGCCGACCCGUCGCGCCAAGUGAUGCACAAUCCUGUUCCAGACUACUACGGAGAGAAGAUCGGAUCGCUGCAUGCAUACCGCCAAUGGCUGCGUGAUCAGGUGCGUUUUCUGCAUGAACUAACGGGUAUCUAG